UCCCACCACAAUCUACAACCUCUUUCCACCUUCAUCCCCAGCCCUGUGCCCAUCCCCUGCUCACACACCUGUUCCCGUCCCUUCCUGCUUUCCCUCCCUCUUCCCCAUACCAGUCCCUCCCUCAGAUGCUUCCCGAGGCUUUCCCGGAAAGCAGUGGCGGGGCCGAAGAAUAAAAAGUCUGUGAGUCACUGGCAGGGCGUGAUUUGCUGCCACCGCUGCGUUCCGAGCUGCAUCUCGAUGAGCCGCCGCGUCCUCUCCGCUCUCGCCCUGCCGGCAUGGGUGUCCGGGACCGCGGCCGCGGUGGCGGUGGGCUUCCAGUCUUCCAAGACCUUCUGCCAGGAAGGUGAGCAACCUGAGGAGAAAAAGGCCAGCAAGAGAGAGGAAAAGGCAGCCAAAAGCAGGUGGUCUCUGAGCGGCUUGGGGAAAGGCACAAGGGAUAUCAAGCCGUGCAACCUGGCUGGCUGGUGGAAGAAUGAUCUGGGCUCCAAGAUGCAAGUGUUCAAGGUUGGCAAUGACGGAACCUUCUCUGGUGAGUACCACACCGCCGUGUCAAGCACCCAGAAACCCAUCCAGCCGUCUCCACUGACUGGCUCCCAGCACCUGGAUGAGGAUGGACAGUGCACCUUCGGCUUCACUGUCAACUGGUCGUUUUCAGACUCCACAGCUGUCUUUGUGGGCCAGUGCUUCAAUGGCAAUGAUGGGAAGGAGGUCCUGCACACCUCCUGGUUGCUGCGGGAGAAGGUCGACUCAGAGCCAGACGACUGGAAAGCCACCAGGGCCGGCCGCAACACCUUCAUUCGAACAGGCUGAAAGGAGGGAGAAGCAUCUCGUCUUAUUCUGGACACACUUGAGAAACGAGACACCUCUCAUCAGGAUCAGUGUUUCCAUCUCUGGAGGGAGAUGUCUCAAAAUAAAAUAUAUUUAAACAUAA